AUGACUUGCAGAGUUCCCAUCUCCAUAGGGAAACACUACAAAGACGAGGUAAUAUGUGAUGUUCUUGAUAUGGAUGUGUGUCAUAUUUUAUUUGGUAGGCCUUGGCAGUUUGAUAAUGAUAUUACUUAUCGGGGAAGGGAUAAUGUGAUGAUGUUUACUUGGGGUUCCCAUAAAAUUGCAAUGGCUCCUGUUUUGAAUUUUGAUGAUAAGGCUGUGGGAAAGAAAACCAGUUUCUUAGUAAUGACUUAUAAUGAUAAGGAACUUGAUGAUGCUGUGAAAGAAACUGAACUUUUCUGUCCAAUAGUAGUUAAAGGGUUGUUAGGGGCUGUAAAAGAAGAGAACCCUACUCCUGCUGAAGUUUCGGAGAUAUUAGAGGGAUUUAAGGAGUUGAUUGCUGAUGAAUUACCGAAAGAGCUACCCCCCAUGCGUGACAUACAACACCACAUUGAUCUGAUUCCUGGUUGUAGCCUACCAAACCUUCCCCACUAUCGUAUGAGUCCAAGGGAAUGA